UCAAUUCCAACUCGUGCCUACCUGGCCAACGCGCAGCCUUUUCAGCACAACUGGACGGGCAUACAUCCAUCCCUGCAACCUGGCCGUGAUCAAAUAUCUCAUCACGUCCUGUGCCGCGUUUCUUGUCGUCGCUGUCAAAGGGUUCCCGCAGACUAACAUGGGUUCCAUCGCGCACGCCUUUCCGCGCCAUGCUCGCCAUCAAUUGCCCGCACCCAUCUUGGUCAAAGCUUCUCUCAACCGUCCCUCGCCGACCUUGUCCCAAUCAGGGCAGCCCUCCAUUGCGGCGCAAUCAGAGCAGCCCCCCAUUGCGGCGAUAAGCAGACGGGGCCGGACGCAAACCUCGACAACGUUUGCGAAGGUCGCUUGGUCCGAUAUCACAGUGUUGGGCACAAUUACACAGGGAUCAGUACAAUUCUUGAUCGUGAAUCAAUGCGAGGACAGGUCUAGAUUGUUAAUGCUGGCUAAAGCAUCCUCUGCCGAGCACAACAACAAGAGGGUUAUGCGGCACCCAAACAUACUAAGCGUAGAAAUCAUCUUACAAGAUAAAGAUGCGUUCUAUGCCGGCUAUGCGUAUACACGUACUACACUCGAAGACAUGCUCAACGUUCACAUACCUUUCGGCGAAAAAGAGAUCAAAGUAGUUGCUGUCUCCCUCUUCGCCGCCGUUACAGAGCUGUACCAGCAGGGGUUUGCUCAUGGCGCAAUCAAUAGUCGCAACGUUCGCGUGUGCGGCAGGACACUGAGACUAAAACUCUUGGUCCCCUGUCAUCCAAAUGGCAACACAUCCGCCUCGCUGACGGAUGACUUAGACGCUCUCGGCCUACUCCUCCUCCGAUGCAUGGAGGUCCCAGCAAAGCGCAGAACAUACACCGCGGCCGAAAUUCGAAGGUUUCGCGUCGAUAACAAGCUGUUUGGCUUGUCGAACUCAGAGCGAUGGAGUGGCUGCAAGCAGCUCGUUGAUUUCAUCGAGGACUUGUUCUCGGAAGAUAGACCAGCCUUGGUCAAAGUCCAGAAACCACACAAAUACGUCUGCGCAGCUACACCAUCAACCGAGUUGGUCACUCCGUACGUAGAGUUGGCCGUGUUGGAAUGUUUUACGGCGUUUCAAGCUGCUAUUCCCGGGGGGGAUAACUUGCCCAUAGAAGACCAGUAAUAUAAAAUCAGU